AAGAAGCAUAUUUGAUUGAGAAAUGGAAGCACGAACAUUUUAUGGAUGUAAGGAAAAUGAUCAAGCUGUCAGGCACAUUCCUUCAGACAGUGAGGACAGUGAGCUUGAGGAGAGUGACAGUGAGGAAGAGUGGACUCCAGAAUCAGAUGGCCUGCCUGAUGACAAUGAGUCUGUGGAUGAAGAGGAAAAUGAAGAUGAUGAGGUCUCACAGGAAGAUGUUCCACGCUCACCCCGUUGGAGAACACCCCGCAAUGCCAACAUCACUGAUUACCCAGAAUGGCAGGCCAACCUUCCAAAAUCAGACAGUAUCAAGUCCCCCUACGAAUACUUCAAGAUGUUUUUUUCUGAAGACAUUCUGGAAAUAGUUGUAGAGCAGUCAAAUUUAUAUGCCAUUCAGCGUGACACCAACAAGCCCCUUAACCUCACUACGAAAGAACUGGAGCAGUUCAUGGGUACAGCAGUGUACAUGUCAUUGUUUGGAUUACCAGGCACCCGCAUGUUUUGGAACAAAGCCACCCAAGUGUCCCAGGUAGCUGACACCAUGACACUAAACAGAUGGGAGUUCAUCAAAAAAUCCCUGCACUUCAACAACAAUGAAGUGAGACAAGAAGAAAAUGUUGAUCCACUCCACAAAAUCCGAUUACUGGUCACUGGGUCCUGA